AUAUUCGGUGGACAACUCGUGACAACUGGUUACCACGUGCAGCGCAGACUGCUGACUGCAGUUCGCCAGCUCGAAGUUCUGAGCUGAGCUCUGAUUGGCUGAAAAAUCAAUUAACAGGCUGUAAAUAUGGUUAUUCCAUGCGUAAUAAGAUAAUUAUAUGCGUCACAUGUUUUCUAUUUCAGUUUAUUUACCAUUUUACCUAAGUCCUAUACUCGUGAUAUUCACAUGAUUACUAGGACUAUUUCACUUCUUGGAGAGACCUUAUUUAUCGCAAAAUCGCUUUGAUUUGCAAUGGCCUUUGUCACCUUGCAAAUAAUUUCUGUUGGAUUGUUAGCAGCUGUUUGCUCAGCUAGCAUCAAACUCGAUGGUCAAGGAAGUUCAUUUUCCUCUGCAAUUAAAGCUUACGAAUACAAAACACUUGGGGAAGAAGUAACCUUGUUCGAAAAAAAAUUCAACUAUGUCGGAUAUGUGACGGAACAGUGGUUCACAAGCUCUGCAGAUGGGCCUUUUAACCAAUACGCAAGAAUACGGAUCUAUAUUGAUGGCGAAGAUACUGCUUCGUUAGAUUUCGAUUUGACCAUGGGCCAGUCUGUUAAUAUUGAACAGAAAAAUAAUAUACCAUGGUCUACCAGAAUGUUUGGCCGACAGGCUAAUGGUGGUGGGUUUUUCAAUACAUUUAGAGUACCGUUUACCUCUGGGAUAAAAAUAACUGUGACAAAUAAAGUCAACACAGGUGCACUUUGGUACAUUGUUCGUGGUUUGGUUGGUGUUCCAUUGCAGAUCGGGUCAUUUCAGAUACCAAUCAGUUCACGACUCAGAGUCUACAAACAAAAUGCGACAUUAGCUCCUUUAGAUUUUGUGACACUCUCAAAUAUAACUAACAAGUCAGGAAUGUUAUUCCUUGUCACUUUUAAUAUCCAGAGUGAAUCACCUACAUUUAUGGAGGGAUGUGUACGUGCAAACAUUGACAAUUCCAACGAGACCACAUUUCUUUCUUCGGGCACAGAAGAUUUCUUCUUAUCAGCAUUCUAUUUCAACAGUGGUGAAUUCCAUGGUUUCCAUUCUGGGCUUGCAUAUAAAUCUAACAAGCCUCUCACUGAGAUUCUUGCUUAUAAAUUUUUCAUUGAUGAUCCUGUGUUGUUCAGAAAAGCAUUCAUACUUAAGUGGAGAAAUUUUGAGAAGGUUGGUGGUCCAGGUGGCUGUCCAAAUCAAUUUCCAGCGAACGAGAAUGAAGAAGCCUCUUCCUUCAACUUUGGGACUCCCGCCAAAGCAACAAUACAUAGUUACGUUUGGGUGUACGAGUGGGACACAUAUGCCAAAGUGUAAUGAUUUGUAUUCAA